CGCAGACUUCGAGCCAAGACGUCGCAGGCGAGUGGCUUUUGUGGCUCAGAAACGCAGUGACAGCCAAACGAGGCGGAUGGCCUAAAGCGAGCGGUUGUUGGCCUGCCCGAUUCCGUUUUUUACCGAUUUCCUGAAUUACCGAUUCACAACGUGCACGAUUGAAAAAAAAAAAAAAACAUUUCUAUUACAAUUUAUUUGUUUUUGUUUUUGUUUACUGGUGUCUUCUGUAAUUGUUUUUUUGUUUUUGUUGUACUGUUAUUGUUACUGUUGCUAUUGUUGUUGUUGUUUUUGUUUUCUGCUCCAUUGCUCGAUUGUGAAUGAGGCCUAAAUGAAAGUGCAGAUAGGCAAGUGAUUGUGAAUGCGAACGUGACUGCACUGAGAGAAACGAGUUAUUGUUUUGGAGAUUUUGUCACAAAUUGCCUCGUGGUAUAGAAAUUCAAAAGCAAAUCGAACGAAAGUGUCCGGAAUCCGGAUAACCCGGAAUGCAAUGAAGUGACUGCCGAAAGUGGAAUAAAAAGUCAACGAAAGAGUCACCUGCCACCUGUUCCCAAAAAAAUCCCUAACAAGAAGCCUCCAGAAGAUAUAUAAUUUAAAAAAUAAAUUAAAAAUAAAGAAAAGAAGCUCCAAGGAUCAUGGUUGUGGUUCCGGCUCUGGGCGCCGCCGCCGUUUCGGUGGGCGGGCUCCUCUUCAAGGCCAGUGCCGCCUCCAAGGCGGCCGCCACCGCCGGAGUGGCCGCCGUGGGCGCCUCCAAACUGGGCCUGGCCAUUGCGGGCGCCAUCAAGCUGGCCACCGCCGUCAUCGGGGUGGGGAAGCUCACCAUCCUGCCCUUCCUCAUAGCGGCGAUAGCCUACUACAACUACGAUCUGUUCGAUCCGGAGAACCGGCCCUUCAACGUCCAGCAGGUGGAGCUGGCCUACGACUUCAUCAUCAUUGGCGGCGGCUCGGCGGGCACUGUCCUCGCCUCCCGCCUGUCCGAGGUGCCCCACUGGAAGAUCCUGCUCCUGGAGGCGGGCGGACACGAGACGGAGAUCUCUGAUGUUCCACUCCUCUCGCUCUACUUGCACAAGAGCAAGAUGGACUGGAAGUACCGGACUCAGCCACAGCCGACGGCCUGCCAGGCGAUGAAGGACAAGCGCUGCUGCUGGACCCGCGGCAAGGUCCUGGGCGGCAGCUCCGUCCUCAACACGAUGCUCUACAUCCGGGGCAACAAGCGGGACUUCGACCAGUGGGCCCAGUUCGGUAAUCCCGGCUGGUCCUACGAGGAGAUCCUGCCCUACUUCCGCAAGUCGGAGGACCAAAGGAAUCCCUACUUGGCCAGGAAUAAGCGGUAUCAUGGCACAGGUGGCUUGUGGACCGUACAGGACGCCCCCUACAACACCCCCAUUGGACCCGCUUUCCUGCAGGCUGGCGAGGAGAUGGGCUACGACAUCGUGGACGUGAAUGGCGAACAGCAGACCGGAUUCGGGUUCUAUCAGUUCAACAUGCGCAGGGGCUCCAGGAGCUCCACGGCCAAGUCCUUCCUCCGUCCCGCCCGACUACGGCCCAACCUCCAUGUGGCCCUGUUCUCCCACGUGACCAAGGUCCUCACAGAUCCUAAAACCAAACGGGCUACGGGCGUCCAGUUCAUCCGGGAUGGACGUCUUCAGAAUGUUUAUGCCACCAGGGAGGUGAUCCUGUCGGCAGGAGCCAUCGGCUCGCCCCAUCUCAUGAUGCUGUCGGGGAUCGGGCACGGCGAGGAGCUGGCCCGGGUGGGCAUCCCCCUUGUCCAGCACCUGCCCGGUGUGGGCCAGAACCUGCAGGAUCACAUCGCGGUGGGCGGGAUCGCCUUCCUUAUCGACUACCCCAUCUCCAUUGUGAUGAAGCGGAUGGUGAACAUCAACACGGCGCUGCGGUAUGCCAUCACGGAGGACGGCCCUUUGACCUCCAGCAUCGGCCUGGAGGCGGUGGCCUUCAUCAACACCAAGUACGCCAAUGCCAGCGACGACUGGCCGGACAUGAACUUCAUGAUGACCUCCGCCUCGGUCAUGUCCGAUGGUGGGUCGCAGGUGAAGACGGCCCAUGGGUUGACGGAUGAGUUCUACCAGGAGGUGUUCGGGGAGGUGAACAACCGGGACGUCUUCGGCAUCUUCCCCAUGAUGCUGCGCCCCAAGAGCCGGGGCUACAUCAAGCUGGCCUCGAAGAAUCCCCUCCGGUAUCCACUGCUGUACCACAACUACCUCACCCAUCCGGACGACGUGAAUGUGCUGCGGGAGGGCGUCAAGGCGGCGGUGGCCAUGGGCGAGACUCAGGCCAUGAAGCGAUUCGGGGCAAGAUUCUGGAGCAAGCCGCUCCCCAACUGCCGCCACCUGACCCUCUUCACGGACGACUACUGGAACUGCUUCAUCCGGCAGUACACGAUGACCAUCUACCAUAUGAGUGGCACGGCCAAGAUGGGCCCACCCUCUGACCCCUGGGCGGUGGUGGAUCCCCAGCUGAGGGUCUACGGGAUACCGGGGUUAAGGGUCAUCGAUGCCAGCAUCAUGCCGGCCAUCACCAACGGGAACAUCCAUGCCCCGGUGGUGAUGAUUGGCGAGAAGGGUGCCGAUCUUAUCAAGCAGCUCUGGCUGACGCCCACUACGGCGCCAGGUCAGGGUCAGGGGCAGGGGCAGGGUCUGGGUCAGGGUCAGGGGCAGGGUCAAGGUCAGAUCCCUCAGAAAUGGCGAAGAAAACGAUCCCUCGAGGGGGCUUCCUUCAACUUUACGGAGAGUGAUGUGGAUGCGGGAAUAUCACCCGUACAGCAAUGGCCUCUGCCAAGGUCAUAGGGUCAUAGGGGCGUGGCAGUGGGCAGUGGGCGUGGGAGUGGGCGUGGGGAUGGGGAUUGGCCUUGGGCCUUGGGAUGUCUAUAGCCUUUAGCAUUAAAACUUCCUCUUCGAGACAAAUUUAAUUUAUUAAGCACCCCGUGCACCACCACCACCCCCAUACCCCUUUAACCUACGCCCCUGUACUCCCAGCACCCCCUCCCCAUACCCCUCCACCCAUGAAACUUAGUCACUUAAGCGCUUCAUGUAAAUAUCGAGUCAUUUAUGCUAAUUCUUAGGUUCAUUUCUCAUUUUUUUUUUUAUUCGAAUAUCGUGUGUGUCUAAUCCAAAAUGUGUAUUUUUUGUAUUUAAAGUUUAAAUAAGAGUUUAAAGUUUAAAAAGUUUAGUUCUUUGUUUAAAUUUCGUUUAAUGUCGCGUACACGAGUGGAGAGUACCUCAGUUAGUCCGUAAGUCGAGUCUGUAGUUGCGAUGCAAAGUGUUUUUUUAAUUAGUUCUUAAAUCUAAACGAAUUAUACAAAAGCGAAUAAAUAUAAAUGAUUAAAAAAUAGUGUGUUUUUAUUGUUAUUAAUGAAUAAUAUAAAUAAUAGAAGGGAUAUAUGAUUUAUUUAAGGCUCUGUUUAGAGAAAAGAUUGGAGUUUUGAGUUCCAGAGUCUCUAACAAUCAAUUAUUUGAUAAUUUUUUAACCCUUUUUCAAUUAAAACUGUAUAGUUUACUAUUUUACUCACAGUUUUAAUUUUUAGAAACACUUUCUUUUGAGCCUACAGUUUCAGAAGCACUGUUCGUGAUGAGGUCUAAUAACUUGGCUUAAAAAA